CUCUUCCAAUCUCUUUAGAAACAGCAGGAGCUAUUGCCCAGCUGCACUGAGAAGUGUCUCUACUUUCAACUGGGUCACUGUUGUUACUUCAGAACCAUUAAAGCUUUAAUUUCACACUUCAAACUGCACACCAGUGAGAACCUGAUGGAACUAUCCGCUUCACUUUUGGUAAAUUUAUAAAUAUCGUGGCUACUGUCUUUUGCUUUGGGCCCCAAACAGCAGCUGCACUACGACCUUUCACCUGUUGCUUGAACCAGUCCAAAAUCUUGAAUGUGAGAGGAUAGACUUCUGACCUAUAGCACCAUCGGAUAAAUUGAGUCAAAAGGAAUCAAUUCUUUUACACAUUAUUGCUUGGUGCUAUAUCCAUAAACAAAACUGACUGCAUAAACUGGAAGAAUACAAAGCACCAAAAUGGUCUUUCAAAGGCACAUUUUAGUUUGUUUCAUCACCGCUAUUUUAGUGGAUCAAACGCAUGAGGGACUUAUUAAGAAAAUUAUUAGACAGAAGAGAGACAUCUUGCAGCCAAAAGAAGAAAAUAUCACUUUACCACUCGGAACACAACCUAUAAACUUCAACCAUGUCUACAACAUUAAUGUUCCUCUUGGCUCCCUUUGUUCGGUGGACUUGGAAUCCCCUGAUGGCAUUGCAAGACCCAAAGCUGACUCCAGUGACCAACACAUCGAGCAGACAGUUGAUGGUGAAAAUCAAAUUGUCUUCACUCAUCGAAUCAAUAUCCCACGUCAGGCCUGCGGCUGUGCGGCAGGACCUGAUAUCCGUGACUUACUCAACAGGUUGGAGACUUUGGAAAAUCACGUAUCCUUAUUACGUGAUCAGUGUGCUAAUGGAGGAUGCUGUGGAAAUGGUGCACAGCAAGGAAGAGGUCGUGUUGAUGUAAAACCAUUCUGUGGUGCACAUGGAAACUACAGUACAGAUACCUGCGGCUGUUUAUGUAACCCAGGCUGGAAAGGAGAAAAUUGCACAGAACCUGAAUGCCCAGAAAAUUGCAAUGGAAGAGGUACCUGCAUUAAUGGCAAGUGUUUGUGUGAAGAAGGUUUCACUGGAGAAGAUUGUAGCAUUGAAGCAUUCUGCCCGAAUGACUGCAGUGAUCAAGGCAGGUGUAUAAAUGGAGCCUGCCAUUGCUUUCCCAGUUACACAGGAGAAGACUGCAGCCAGGAGUUGUGUCGAUUUGACUGUGGUGAAUAUGGAACCUGUAUUAGAGGAGUUUGUGUUUGUGAUGAAGGUUACGUAGGUGAAGACUGUGGAAUAAAGCUGUGCCCCAACAACUGCAGCAAUCAAGGUAUUUGUAUGAAUGGACAGUGUGUUUGUGAUGAAGGCUUAACUGGGGAAGACUGUACGAAACUAGCCUGUCUUAACAACUGCUAUAAUCGUGGUCGCUGUGUGGAUGGAGAGUGCAUCUGUGAUGAAGGUUUUACUGAUCAGGACUGUUCAGAAAUUAUUUGCCCUAAUGAUUGUUAUGAUCGUGGACGCUGUAUCGAAGGGGUAUGUUACUGCGAUGAAGGCUUCACUGGUGAAGAUUGUGGGGAACUUGUCUGUGUCAAUAACUGCAGUAACAAUGGCCUCUGCGUCAAUGGACAAUGUGUCUGCAAUGAAGGCUAUGCAGGAGAAGACUGUAGCGAAUGGGCUUGCCUGAACAACUGCCACAAUCGUGGAGUCUGUGUCGACGGGGAGUGCAUCUGCAAUGAAGGUUUCACUGGUGAAGAUUGUGGUGAGUUGGCCUGUCCGAAUAAUUGUAACAAUCGUGGACACUGUGAUGAUGGAUAUUGCAUAUGUGAUGAAGGCUUCACAGGAGAAGACUGCAGUGAGCUCCUGUGUCCAAACAACUGCAACAACGUUGGCCGUUGUGUCAAUGGACGAUGCGUCUGUAACUAUGGCUACACAGGAGAGGACUGUGGCGAACUAGCUUGUCCAAACAAUUGCAACAACCAAGGGCGCUGUGUCAGCGGCCAAUGCAUCUGUGAGGAGAGCUAUUCAGGAGAAGACUGCAGUGAGCUGAUUUGCCCUAAUGACUGCUAUGACCGUGGGCAAUGUGUCAAUGGCCAAUGCAUCUGUGAUGAAGGCUUCACUGGGGAAGACUGCAGUCUACUGGCCUGUCCAAACAACUGUAACAAUCAUGGCCUCUGCGUCAAUGGUCAGUGUGUCUGUGAUGCUGGUUUUACUGGUGAGGAAUGCAGUGAGGUGGCAUGUCUUAACAACUGUAAUAAUCGUGGCCGCUGUGUCAAUGGUCAAUGUGUCUGCGAUCCAAAUUACAGCGGUGUAGAUUGUGGAGAUCUGGUCUGUCCCGCAAAUUGCAAUGAUCGUGGGAGUUGUGUGAAUGGUCGAUGUGUCUGUCAUGAAGGUUACAUCAAAGAAGACUGCUCUGCUGUUUCUCCCCCCAAAAAUCUAAAGGUGACUGAAGUGGACCCUAAAACCAUGGAUGUGGAGUGGUAUAAUGAAGUCCGAGUAAAUGAAUAUCUUAUCACCUAUGCUCCAACUACCCCUGGUGGUCUACAGUUGGAAAUAAGAGUACCUGGUGACCAAAUGACAUCCACCAUUCAAGGACUAGAGCCAGGACUUGAAUAUUUAAUCAACGUUUAUGCUAUCCUUAACAACCAGAAAAGCAUUCCUGUCAGUGCCAGGGUAGCAACACAUCUACCCACACCAGAUGGUCUAAGAUUCAAGUCCAUUCGUGAGACCUCUGUAAAUGUGGAGUGGGAACCUUUGGAUAUCGUGUUUGAUGGUUGGGAGAUCAUUUUCAAAGCUCCGAAAGAAGAAAAUGGAGAAAUUUCCAACAGCCUGAAACAGCCGCAGGUAUCAUUUGUACAGACUGGUCUGGCUCCAGGACACGAUUACGAGGUCAGCCUUCAUGUUGUGAAAAAUAAUACUCGUGGCCCACCAAUUAAGCAAAGACUGACAACAAGUGAGUAUCUGCAGCCAGGUACUGAAUAUGGUUUUGGAGUUAGUGCCAUUAAAGACCACCGGGAGAGUCCCCCUGCUACCAUUAAUGUAGCCACAGACUUGGAUAGUCCAAAAGACUUGAAAGUGAUUGAGACAACAGAGAACUCAAUUACUCUGACAUGGAAACCACCACUGGCAACAAUAGACCAUUACUACAUCAUCUAUAUCUCAUCCACCGAAGAAAAGAAUGAGGACAUUGUGGCAGCUGAUGCAGUGUCCUACAUCCUGACUGGUCUUGCCCCUGCAGCUGAGUACAACAUUAUCCUUAUAGCACAGCGAGGUAAACAGAAGAGCAGGGCUUCCACCAUCACUGCUUCUACAGGCCUUGAAGCACUGCGAGGUCUUAAAUUUUCUGAGAUAACUCCCACAACUACCUCAGUGGCUUGGGAAGCUCCUUCAGCUCCCGUUGACAUGUUUGUUGUGAACUAUAAUCCUAAAAGCCACGGAGAAACGCAACAGGUUAUUGUGAAGGGAGACCAGACCACAGUUGCUCUCACUGAUUUGAAGCCUGCCACUGAGUAUGUGGUGACACUUAUGGCUCUUCGAGGCACAGCAAGAACAGAGCCCUUGGUCGGAUCUGUCACUACAGAAGCGUCGGUGCCUGAGUUUUCCGGGACUGGUGAUGGUGAAGUCAGUAACCUAACUGUUUCCAAUGUAACCUCGGAUGGUGUCAAACUUUCCUGGAUGGCAGACGUAGGAUUCUAUGACUAUUUUAUCAUAAAGUAUAGAAGUGAGCUUGGAAACGAUGAUGAGACAGAGAUCUCCGUGACUGGUGACGAUUUAGCUGCUGAAAUAAGAGGCCUAAAGCCCUCCACUCCUUAUAAGAUAUCUCUUUAUGGAAUUGCUGGCAAUCAACACUCAGAGCCGCUGAACAUUAUAGCUACCACAGCUGUCUUAAACAACCCACUUGGCAAGCUGAUAGAUCAUACAACAUCCCUCACUGCUCGACUGCACAAAGACGGAAGUUUUAACCAUGGCCCCACAUUUGAUUCAGAGAAAGGGGUGUUGCAUAGUAAACUGGGAAGCCUUACUGUGGUAAAUGCAACUUCCAAAAGUAUUAAGCUCUCUUGGACUUUGCAAAAUGGAUCUUUUGACAGCUUUCUUAUAGUGGUCACAGAUUCCACUGGGCUAUAUGGACCACUGGAAAUGGCCCUAAAUGGUGACUUACAUAGCACGGAGGUAACUGGUCUCUUGGAUAGUACACAUUAUAAGGUGGAGACAUUCAUUGAGCAAGGGUCUCUCCCAAUCAGCCAGUUUGUGAGCAAAAAAGAUGGAUCAUCUAAUUCUAAUCCGCAAACGUCUAUUACAGAAUCCUUUGACAGUACCACCACACAUUCUCCAACCUCAGGAGCUGCCAAGCCAGAGAAUCUUCUGGUAAAAAAUAUAACUUCCACCAGCCUCAAGGUAUCAUGGACAGCGCCGAGUGGACACUUUGAUAGUUUUCUUUUAAUAAUAAAGGAUGUUAAUGCAUUGAGUGUCCCUUUGAAGAUUUCUCUACCAGGUGAUCAGCACACAACUAAUGUAACAGGGCUGGUAGCUGGCACUGAGUACGAAAUUGAUCUUUAUGGAAUAUUCCAAGGCCGGCUGUCACAACCACUGAAAGAUUUUGCAAGAACAGAAUCUGAACUUGAAAACUUAAUGGUCUCGGAAGUUACCUCCGGCAGCUUCAAACUCUCUUGGACAGCUGAUGAGUCCUUUGAAAGCUUUGUUAUAGAUGUUAAAGACUCAGAUGGGUUGUUCGAACCAUUAACAUACACAGUACCAGGUGAUCAGUUUUCCAUAGACAUCCCACAUCUGCGUGCUGCUACUGACUAUGAGGUUUCCAUCUAUGGUAUAAGCCAUGGUCAGCAAACAAAACCACUAUACACUGAAGCUCAAACAGUGACUGAACUCAAACUUAGCAACCUAAUGAUUUCCAAUAUUACUUCAGAUGGUUUCAUUGUCUCUUGGACAGCCAAUGGCACCUUUGAAAGCUUUGUAGUAGAUGUAACAGAUCCUAACAGGAUCUUCGAAACCUCGGAGCUCAUUGUCCCAGGCAACCAUCGCUCUAUUGGCAUCUCAAAGCUGUUAGCCAGCACUGAUUAUGUCAUUUACCUCUCUGGUCUUUAUCAAGGACAGCAAACUCAAACGCUUAGUGCAUUUGCUACAACAGAGGCAGAACCUGAAGUGGGCAACCUAGUGGUUUCAGACAUUACCUCAAACAGCUUCAGCCUCUCUUGGAUGGGAAAGGACAAGGCAUUUGAAAGCUUUGUCAUUGAACUUAUAGAUUCUGACAGGUUCACAGAGCCACUGGAGUACACAAUACCAGGCAACGUGCAAACCACCCAACUCUCCAACCUCAUAGCUGGCACUAAUUAUGUGAUUUAUUUCUAUGGUCUUGUCAAUGGCCGACGUACAAUUCCUGCAACUACUGUUGUAUUGACAGAAGAAGAAGCUGAACUUGGCAACCUAGUUGUUUCAGAUAUUACCUCAGAAGGCUUCACGCUCUCUUGGACAGCAGAAGAUGAGGCAUUUGAUUAUUUUAUCAUAGAUGUUAGAGACUUUGACAGCUCGCUUGAUCCAAUACAGCAAGUUCUAUCAGGGAAAACACGAACUACUGACAUCUCAGGUCUAGUAGAAGGCACUGGAUACCAAAUUAAUGUCACUGGCGUAAUUCAAGGCUGGCACUCACAACCUCUCACUGCUCUCACCACUACAGGUACUGCCACUUGCAGAAACAUGUUUUUUGUUAUUAAUAUUAAUAGUCAUAACUCCCUUUCUUUCUCUCAAGUCCGCCUUGAACCUUCUUCAAUCCAGAGGUAUAGGAUAGGUGGAGUUAGAGAUUUAAAGCAAAAACCCAAAAUGGAAAACUUAGUGGUUUCACACAUAAACUCUUACGGAUUCAAAAUCUCUUGGAACGCAACGGAUGGGGCCUAUGAAAGUUUUGUUAUAGUGGUUAGAGAUUCUGGCAGGUUGUUGGAGCCAAUGGAGCACAGAGUGCCAGGCGAUCAUCACUCCAUUAACAUCACUGGUCUGAUCACUGGGAUUGGUUAUGAUAUUAAUAUCUAUGGUGUAGCCAAUGACCAGCACUCUAAGCCCCUAUUUACUAAGACGGCAACAGAAGCUGAACCUGAAGUGGACAACUUAGCAGUUUCUGAUGUUACCUCAAAUGGCUUCACACUCUCUUGGACAACAGAUGAGAAUGUCUAUGAUCACUUUAACAUAAGAAUUAGGGAUUCCAGAAAAGAAACUUCACCCUGGGACUACACAGUGUCAGGGGAACUCCGAACAACUAACAUCACAGACUUACCUGAUGGCACUGAGUAUGAGAUUUCCUUGGUUGGCAUUUCAGAGGGACGAUAUUCGCAGCCAGUAAAUACCAUAGCAACCACAGCAUUAGGAGCUCCUAAAUUUCUGCGGUUCACUGAUGUCACCGACACUACAGUGACAGUCUGGUGGGACAUUGAGAGUAGCUACAUCACCAACUUCAAGAUUAUUUAUGUGCCAACUGAUGGAGGCCCAAGUAACACCGUGACAGUCGAUGGCAGAAAGACUCGAACUAUACUGAAGAGGCUCACCCCAGCUACUGAAUACGAAAUCAAAGUCAUCGCUGUUAGAGGGUUUGAGGAGAGUGAACCAGUUUCAGGCACAGUGCACACAGCAUUGGACAGUCCAUCAGAAUUGAGAGUUGUGAAGGUCACGGAUUCUGAAGCCGUACUGACAUGGAAACCCACAAUUUCUGCAGUAGAUGAAUAUGUGCUCAGCUGUCAUGCUGAGGGUGCUCCUGAACUGACAAAACGGGUUUCAGGGGACCAGGUGCAGACUGCCCUCUCCUCACUUUUACCUGGCACCUUGUACACUGUGAGGAUCAGGGCUGUGAAAGGCAUUCUGGAAAGUUCUGCCGCAUCUAUUACUUUUACAACUGCCAUUGAUCCACCCAGAGACCUGAGAGUUGGAGAAAUUACAGCAACCGAUGCCCUUGUUUCUUGGAAACCUCCACAAGCUAAGAUCGAAGGGUACAUUAUGACUGUGGAAUCUGAAGAUGGGAGACCACAGAGCAUUGAAUAUUUCGGAGCUACAGAUACCUCAUACAGCAUGAGUGAACUGGUUCCAUCAAUGAAGUACGUGCUGAGACUCCAGGCCUACACAGGGUCAGAGACAAGCAAUGUAAUAGAGACUAGCUUCAUAACAGUUGGCACCUUGUAUCCAUUCCCUAAGGAUUGCUCCCAAACGUUGCUGAAUGGUGAAGCUAGUUCUGGACUUAGUACCAUCUUCUUGCGUGGAAAUCGUUCUCAACCACUGGAAGUGUACUGUGACAUGACCACUGAUGGAGGUGGUUGGAUGGUUUUCCAGAGGCGCCAGAAUGGCAGAGUAGAUUUCUUCAGAAACUGGAAGAAUUAUACCAUUGGAUUUGGUGACCCUUCUGAUGAGUUCUGGUUAGGCCUUGAAAACCUUCACAAGAUUACAUCACAGGAUCAUUACCAACUGCGUGUAGAUCUCCGAGAUGAAGGGGACGUUGCUUAUGCAGUUUAUGACAGGUUCGUUAUCUCUGAUGCCAAAAGUCGAUAUAAGCUGCAUUUUGGACGGUACAACGGAACAGCAGGCGAUUCCCUGUCUUACCAUCAAGGUCGUCCAUUCUCCACAAAGGACAGAGACAAUGAUGUGGCUGUGACAAACUGUGCUCUGUCUUACAAGGGAGCCUGGUGGUACAAGAACUGUCACAAAGUAAAUCUGAAUGGGAGAUAUGGAGUUCAAAGCCAUAGCCAGGGUGUUAACUGGUAUCAUUGGAAGGGUCAUGAGCAUUCGAUUGAAUUUGUUGAAAUGAAAUUGAGACCACACAACUUCAGAAAUCCACAACAGAGGAAGAAGAGAGCGCAGUAACAUCAUUAAAUAACCAAAUCAGCCAUCAACAGUAACAGUUCAUAAUGUACAAAAAUAUCACUAAUUUAGUUCACAAUUGAGUUACUGUGUAAUAUGAGCCUCGCUGGCAAAGUGUUCUCAUCUUACAUGGGUUUAGCUUCACUCAGUUUAAACACCAAAGAUAAUUUUGACAAUAAUUAACAUAGGUUGUUAUUGCUUUUAGGGUCAUAGCUUUACAUAUGUUGCUUGGAGGCUGGGGGUGGGCUUUAUAUAUACAUCGUUAUACCUACACAGACAUCAGAGUGUAUUAUUUGUGUUUUUGUUCAUUGUGUUGGGGAUAUUUGUCAUGGCAACAUACCGACCAGUUGAUAUUAGAAGGUUGAUGUACAGAAGCUUCGUGUUUAACCAUCAAAUGUAUAAGCAGACUGUUUAAAUGUGGGUGCAGAUUUUUUUGUUAAGGUGGAGCACCAUAUUUGUGGUCCUUUAUUGAAAGGGAGGUAUUGUUUGAAAAAGCACAAAUUGGUUCUUGCCAUUGGUUCGCAAUUUCAGGUACCUUACUUUAAACAAAAAUCAACCAAAUGUUGAUUUUGUUAAAGGAUAGAACAAUAAUGUACAUACAUUAAACUAGGAGCCCUUAUUGAAGCCACAUUCACAAAGAUUCAUUUGCUCACUAGAAUAGGACAAGUUUUUCUCAGUAAAUUAACAAGUGAUAUACACGUAAAAGAAAUACAUUAUUAAAUGUAAUUUUGAAUUAUUUUUCCUCGUGGGAAGUUAUGUCUGGAUUGUUUAGAAUAAUCACAACGCAUCUUUCAUUUAUAUAAAAGGCAUGGUUACUGUGCUGAAAUAACAGGAAAAACAAUGAAAUACCUUUAAGGGAUUUUACUUUCAACACAAGUGUAAAAAGUAAUAUGUUUGUCUUUCAAACAUCCACAACCAAAAUUUUUUUCCCUGAUUUAUAUAAUGUCCUAACUACGGAAACGUAUGAUCUCUACAAUCUAAGUUAUACAGUACCACUAAAACCGUAAUAUACAUUUGUAAAAUAAUGAGUGUUUCUCACCUGAAUAAUUUCAAUGUAUGUUUCUGUGUACUCCUAAUUAAAAUAAAGUAAUGGUGUUUUAACAAAUUA